AGCCAUUGUUGAUCGGAAUUGUUUUUCUUUGACUUUUCACGGGUAGUACAGAUACCCUUUUGUACUCUUUAUCCUAAAACUCUCUUAUAUAUAACUAUAUAUAAGAGCUCUCAUCACAAUUAACAUUUUAUCGAAAGCCAAACACUUAAACCCUAACAUAUAUACUACUAUAUAUAUUGUAUAUAAGGAUGAGGAAAAUGAUGAUGACGAUUAUGGUGAUAAUGGUUAUGAUAUCAUCUCCUUGUUGUGUUUUUGGUCAGCUAAGUAAUAAUUUCUAUAGAGUGAGUUGCCCUAAUGCUGAGCAGAUUAUAAAACAAGUUGUCAAUGAAGAAUUUGCAAAAGAUCCUACCAUUACUGCUGGCUUACUUCGUAUGCACUUUCACGAUUGCUUUGUUAAGGGUUGUGAUGCAUCAAUAUUAAUCAACUCCACAUCAAACAAGCCCUCCGAAAAAACCGCAGGUCCUAAUUUGACUGUUCGAGGGUAUGAACUCAUCGACGAGGCUAAGAGAAGGCUCGAAGCAGCAUGUCCUUCAAAAGUCUCAUGUGCAGACAUUAUAACCUUAGCCACUCGUGAUUCAGUUGUUUUAGCUGGUGGACCAAACUACAUCGUUCCAACUGGCAGAAGAGAUGGACUUGUCUCCAACCCUAACGAUGUCAACUUGCCUGGUCCAAGUCAAUCGGUCACCUCUGCUUUUCAAUCUUUCAGAGCCAAAGGCCUAACCCUAAAUGAAAUGGUUGUUCUUCUCGGUGCACACACAGUGGGGUUUGCUAAUUGUAAUUUCUUCUCAAGUCGACUUUCAAAUUUUCAAGGGACAGGCAAACCUGAUCCUGCCAUGGAUCCUGCGUUGGUUACCAAACUAACACAAAUAUGUGCAACUGGAAGUAAUCCAAAAGCCUUUUUGGAUCAAAACACUAGUAAUAUUUUCGAUAAUGAAUUUUACCGUCAAAUACGUUUGAAGAGAGGGGUUCUAAAGAUAGAUCAAGAGCUUGCUUCAGAUACUACUUCCUCUGUUCUUGUAUCCAAUUUGGCUUCGAAUCCAAUUCGAUUCUCUCAAAGUUUCGCAAGUGCUAUGAUUAAGAUGGGAAGAAUCGAAGUUCUUGUGGGAAGUGCUGGUGAGAUUAGAAAAAGUUGCGGAGCUUUUAAUUAAUUCUCCCAAGAACACAAAAUGAGUAAGUAGUCUUCAAAAGAAGACUACCUACUCACAAAAAAAAUGUUUUGCUUGAAGUUGUUAAUUAAUAUCAUCAAGUCAAAUGAUAUUAAUUACUACUCAACACUAAAAACCAAUUAAAGGUUAAGAAUAAUAUGAAUUAAUAAAAAUGAGUGAUUCUACU